AUACUCUUCAAUAAUUUAGUCUUUAAAUUGUGAAUUUGUGUGUUAUGGAUUAGUAUUAAAAAAUAAACAGAAAAUUUGUUAAAGAUAAAUGGGGAAGUCCGAGAAUACACGUUUAUGAUUGAUGACAACGCAUACGCGCGCGUAUAUAAUUCUUCCAUUUUGAUUUUGAAAGCAAAUUAAAUUCCUCAAACUUUGCAAAUUUUCCUCUCACUAUUUAUUCUGUCUUAUAAAUAAUAAUCGUUUUAUUCCUUUCAUUCAUUUCAAUGGCGUCUUCUCAAGAUUCAGUUGCAAAGUCAAAUGAUCAGAAGUCUAUAGUCUCCGCCGGGAUCACCGGAGAAGCUCGGAAACCUCCUAGACAUCCGUUGAUCAGUAUCUGCAAGUCUCUUGUUGCCGGUGGAGUCGCCGGAGGAGUUUCACGAACAGCUGUAGCUCCUCUAGAGAGAUUGAAGAUUCUGCUGCAGGUUCAAAAUCGCCACAAUGUAAAAUACAACGGAACAGUUCAGGGCUUAAAAUAUAUAUGGAAAACUGAGGGUUUUAGAGGAAUGUUUAAAGGAAACGGAACCAACUGUGCUCGUAUUGUCCCAAAUUCAGCAGUCAAGUUCUUUAGCUAUGAGCAAGCAUCUAAGGGUAUUCUAAGUCUCUAUCGGUUGCAAACUGGAAAUGAAGAAGCUCAACUCACUCCUGUUCUGCGUCUUGGAGCUGGGGCAUGUGCGGGAAUCAUUGCAAUGUCUGCAACUUACCCUAUGGACCUGGUGCGAGGACGCCUAACUGUACAGACAGAAGCAUCUCCUCAGCAAUAUAGAGGAAUUUUUAAUGCUCUUUCAACAGUCUUCCGAGAAGAAGGAGCUAGAGCAUUGUAUAAAGGAUGGUUACCUUCAGUCAUAGGAGUUAUACCGUACGUGGGUCUAAAUUUUUCUGUGUAUGAAUCUCUGAAAGACUGGUUGAUUCAAACAAAACCACUUGGAAUAGGUCAAGACUCGGAGCUAAGUGUGACUACAAGGCUUGCAUGUGGGGCUGCUGCUGGAACUAUUGGCCAGACAGUGGCAUAUCCCCUUGAUGUCAUUCGCAGAAGAAUGCAGAUGGGUGGAUGGAAAGGCGCUGCUUCGAUUGUAGCUGCUGAUGGGAAGGGUCUUGAGUAUACUGGCAUGGUUGAUGCAUUCAGGAAAACAGUAAAGUAUGAGGGAUUUGGAGCAUUAUACAAGGGCUUAGUCCCCAAUUCAGUCAAGGUGGUACCUUCCAUCGCCAUUGCCUUUGUGUCAUACGAGAUGGUCAAGGACGUCCUUGGAGUUGAAAUGAGAAUAUCUGAUUGAAGAAUUAGCAAUUGUCUGAUGCUUGAGAUUUAGUAUGUGAAAAUAUUUUUUAAAAUUUAUUCAAAUGUAAAAUGCUAGAAUAUUUUCAUUUCUUUGUUAGAAAAAAUGCACAAAAAACAUUGAAGACAAAAUUUUAUUAUUUUCAUUGAUUUUAUGUAUAUAACUAAAACUACGUACAUUCCUGAGAUGAAUACCAGAAAAAACAAAUACAUUCCUGAUAUCAUGCUCUUUGGGAU